GCUUCUCCUCCAAACGCGGCUUCUUGGGAAACUCGUGCCUUUUGCUUUUCUUUCCCGGAGGAUUUUGGAGGAAAAGGAGAAACGCCUGAGGCGGAGUUCUUGGGUUUAGAGGGAAGAAGGCGGUACGCUCCAGGCGGAUGUUUAGACAGCCGCAGUAGACUUUAGCAUUUCCCACGAUUUCAGGCUAGUAUUGUCCGAGGAUGAAAAUGGAGACCCGAGAAGACCUUACAAGACUUAUAUCAAAGCAGGUGCCAUGGGAAGUGAGAGGGAGCUGCCAUGUUGGGACGACAGAGGCAUUCCUGCCAAGGAGACCAACGGAGGUGAAACAGGAGCCCGACAAAGACUCGCUUCAGCAGUGGGAAACCCAAUGGCAGGAGUUCCUGAAGGGCCUGGAAGGCCCUCACCCAAACUGGGGCACCUCCCAGUCGAGGGAGGAGCCGUGGGACGACGCCAAAGCCUUCCUGGCCUCCUUUGAGCAAGUGGCCCAAGCCUGCCGGUGGCCCAAGGAGGAGUGGGUGCCCCGGCUCCUGCCAGCCUUGAGCGGAGAGGCCAAGCGGGCCUUCACUGGCCUGAAGGCCGAAGGCAGGGAGGAUUAUGGGAAAGUUAAGGCUGCCAUCUUGUACAAGGAUGCCAUGCGGCGGGAGGAACAGCGACAGUGUUUCCGGCGUUUCCGCUACCGGGAGGCCGAGGGGCCGAGAGGGGCUUACGGGCAGCUUCAGGAACUGUGUUGCCGGUGGCUGAAAGCUGAAAGGCAUUCGAAGGAGCAGAUCCUGGAGCUGCUGGUCUUGGAGCAGUUCUUGGCCGUCCUGCCUCCAGAGAUAGAGGCCUGGGUCAAGAAAUGUGGUCCAGAGACUUGCUCCCAGGCGGUGGCCUUGGUGGAGGACUUCCUCCAGAAGCAGCAAGAACAAGAGUCCAGGCAUCAGGCAAAGCAGGUGCUGUUAAAGGAAGAGGAGACGGUGGGUUCCCCUGAAGGUGGCCAAGCCCUGCCUGAGACGGAGCAGAAGGAGUUUAGUGUGGAGACCAAACAGGAAGAUGACGAUGGGGAUACUGGACCCUUGGGCGAUGAAAGGAAAAGUGAGAAUGAGAGGCAACCAGGUGAGGAUUCCCCAGAAAGAACAGGGAGUGAAGCAUUAAAGGAGAAUUUUUGGAGCCAAGAUGGGGCUGUGAGCCAAGGUGGAAGCCACACGAAAAAGCCGGAAGCCAAAUCCUUCCCCUUUCAGGUGGGAGACUCCCACGAAAUCUCAAUGCAGCAGGAAAGCAAGGAGGAAAAAAAGAGGACCGCUUUCUCCAGUGUUCUUAGUAGACCUCGCCCUCAGAAUGAAUCAGAUUUAAUGUUUGCAAAGACAUUAAAUCAGAGUGGAAAGCUGAAUGAAUGUGAAACUCUUUAUGAAGGGACAAGUUCCAACAUAUACCUGAAUCAAAGUAUUCCUGCAGAUGAGAGACAGUGUAUGAAUUCGGAUCUUGGUAAGAUGAACCAUCCAAAGAUCCAAAAAUGGAAGAAGCUGUUUAAAUGUUUGGAGUGUGGGAAAUGCUUUGGUCGGAGUACACACCUUACUUCACAUAAGAUAAUCCACACAGGGGAGAAGCCAUAUCAGUGCUUGGAGUGUGGGAAAUGCUUUGGUCGGAGUGCACACCUUACUUCACAUAAGAUAACCCAUACAGGGGAGAAGCCAUAUCAGUGCCUGGAGUGUGGGAAAUGCUUUGGUCAGAAGGCUGAUCUCAAGAAACACCAGAUAAUCCACACCCGGGAGAAGCCGUAUCAGUGCUUGGAGUGUGGGAAAUGCUUUGGUUGGAGUCACUCUCUCAAGUCACACCAGAAGAUUCACACUGGGGAGAAGCCCUAUAAAUGUACAUAA